UGCUUUUCUCUUUGUGUCUACAGGACAGACAAGAAAUUCAGCUUCAACGCCACGCCGUCCCAGCCACAGUUCUUCAAGUAUGUGUUUCCUGACGGUGUGGACACAGUGAUCGUGAAGGUGAACUCGCAGAAGAACUUCCCCUGCUCUGUCAUGUCCAUACAGGACAUCCUGUGUCCGGUUUUUGAUCUAGAUAAUAAUGUGGCGUUUAUUGGAAUGUAUCAGACUAUGACCACCAGAGCUGCCAUCACAGUGCAGAGGAAGGAUUUCCCCAGCAACAGCUUCUAUGUGGUGGUGGUGGUGAAGACUGAGGACGAGGCGUGUGGAGGACCGCUGCGGUUCUACCCGCUGCUACCCGACGAGCUGCUAGACCCCGGGAACCGCAGUAAGACUCUGGAUGUGAUAGUUUCUCCUGCCAUUAACUCGGAGGUGUAUGUGAUGGGGAUGCUCUUCUGUCUGGGGAUCUUCCUGUCCUUCUACCUGCUCACGUUCCUGGUGGCCUGUGUGGAGAACAAGAGGAUGAGCAGGAAGAGGGAGGGGCUUCUGAACCCUGACGCAUCACCUGCAGAGACCGCAUCUCUCUUGGGAAAGGCUCCCGUGUCUCCGUAUGAAUACGGCUCAUUUGCUGAUAAUGCCAGCACUUUGAGCUCUGAAGCUAUUACUGACAGUUUAGCAUCAACCGAUGGGAACUAUGGAUACAUAGGAUCGGAGACUUUUAAGCGACGACUAAUCACAGCGCACCAUGUAGCCAUCCGCUUCGAUCGUUCUCUCGAGAGCGUCGCUCGCAGUCGUCAUGAGUCGCUGAGUUCAGUGGAAGAGGACGAUUACGACACGCUGGCCGACAUCGACUCCGACAAAAACAUCGUCCGUACUAAGAAGUUCCUGUGCGUCUCUGAUCUCGCUAGAAAAGACAAACGCAUCCUCAGCAAGAAAUACCAGAUCUACUUCUGGAACAUCGCUACGAUCGCAGUGUUUUACGCUCUUCCUGUGAUUCAGCUGGUUAUCACCUAUCAGACGGUUGUAAACGUCACAGGAAACCAAGACAUCUGCUAUUACAACUUCCUGUGUGCACACCCUCUCGGAGCUCUAAGCUCGUUCAACAACAUCCUGAGCAACCUGGGUUAUGUUCUGCUGGGUUUGCUGUUCCUGCUCAUCGUGCUCCAGCGGGACAUCCUGCACAACCGAGCGCUGGAGAGACACGACACACACGCCCUGGAGUGUGGGAUCCCCAAGCACUUCGGCCUGUAUUACGCUAUGGGCACGGCUCUGAUGAUGGAGGGGCUGCUGAGCGCCUGCUACCACGUGUGUCCCAACUACACCAACUUCCAGUUCGACACGUCGUUCAUGUAUAUGAUCGCUGGACUGUGUAUGUUGAAGCUUUAUCAGAAGAGACACCCGGACAUCAACGCCAGCGCUUACUCAGCUUACGCAUGCCUGGCUGCGGUUAUAUUCUUCUCUGUGCUGGGGGUGGUGUUUGGUAAGGGUAACACUGUGUUCUGGAUCGUCUUCUCUGUGAUACACAUCCUGGCCACGAUGCUCCUGAGCACUCAGCUCUACUACAUGGGCCGCUGGAGACUCGACUCUGGGAUCUUGCGCAGGAUAUUGAAUGUGAUCUACACAGACUGUAUUCGUCAGUGCAGUGGACCCAUGUACAUUGACCGGAUGGUUCUGCUGGUGAUGGGAAACAUUGUGAACUGGUCACUGGCGGCGUACGGCCUCAUCAAGCGACCCAACGACUUCGCCUCGUACCUGCUGGCCAUCGGCAUCUGUAACCUUCUGCUGUACUUCGCCUUUUACAUCAUCAUGAAGCUGCGCAGCGGUGAGCGUAUCAAGUGUCUGGCUCUGGUGUGUAUCCUCUUCACUGCUGUGGUUUGGGGCUUCGCUCUGUUCUUCUUCUUUCAGGGUCUCAGUACAUGGCAGAAAACCCCGGCGGAGUCUCGCGAGCACAACCGCGAGUGUAUUCUGCUGUCCUUCUUCGAUGACCACGACAUCUGGCACUUUCUGUCGUCCAUCGCCAUGUUCGGAUCCUUCCUGGUUCUGCUCACGAUGGACGACGACCUCGACGCGGUUCAGAGAGACAAAAUCUACGUCUUCUGAUGGAGAGACAUUAUGGAUUAGCCAAUCACAGAGCAGCACCAAUGAGAGGCCUCACUGCCUGAAAAUCCUGCCAAUCAGAGACUGUGUGAGAGGAGCCUCAUACAGGAACUAAUGCUGAUAGGACAGUGAAUGUGCCAGUCAAACUGCCAGAGCUCCUCCCCUCAUGCUAACGCUUCAGACCUGCCCUGCGAAUCUCAGCGCAGUUUCGUGUGUUUCUCUCGCGUGUGUGUCCGUCUGUGGCCUUCUGUGUGUGUGGACCGCGCAGGUCCGACUGUAAAUCCGAGCCGAGCCGCUUCACUGAUCUCAUGAUGAUUCUGAUUUGGAGAAAAUCAACUUUGCACUGUCUGAAAAAAUUACAGAUCAUGUUUUUACAAUGACAAACGGAAUGAUUACUGAAUAAAGACUUUUUACUGUUGUUUUCA